GCGGCCUUGCUCAUCGUGCUAUAUCUGCCCUCCCAGAGCCGUAAGCGGGAGGAAGACGCACAAAAAAUCGUAAAACACCUGGAGUGGGUAUUGACAUACAAAAAUAAGCAAAAGUUAUUUAAAAAAAUAAUUUUAAAAAAAGCAACACUGACCGAAAAAGACACUAAAUUGUGUUCCUCAUGGGAGCGGAGGGUUUUGUUAGCAGACGGCGAAUGUCAGCAGAGACCCCGGGCAGGGACGGCGGAGUUGCAGGAGCGUCAGCCGGUGCAGAAAUUCGAUGGCUCGGUGGUGGCAGAUUUUGUGGCAUUUCGGAGGGAAUUGUUGGAGGCCUACCUCCUAUGAUUGGAGGGGAAUCGGACUUUAAGGCUGUUCAACUGCACGGCCUUGUGGAGACUCGCGAAGUCCCCGAACCGAACUAUGAAGGUCUGCCUCAGGGUGCUUCAACUAGUACCUACAUGCUUGCGGGAGCUGUCGCUGGAAUCAUGGAACAUUGUUUAAUGUUUCCAAUCGACUGUGUCAAGACACGGAUGCAGAGCUUGCAGCCAGAGCCCGCGGCACGCUACAGUAACGUGAUGGAGGCGCUGCGGCGCAUUGUGAGGACUGAGGGUGUUUGGCGGCCCAUUCGCGGUCUGAACGUUACUGCGGUGGGCGCGGGGCCGGCACACGCGCUCUACUUCGCCUGCUACGAGAAGCUUAAAAAGACACUGAACAAUGCCAUCUACGCAGGAGGCAACAGCCAUGUAGCCAACGGGACGGCCGGGUGCGUGGCCACGUUGCUUCACGACAGCGUCAUGAACCCAGCUGAAGUGGUGAAGCAGAGGAUGCAGAUGUACAACUCCCCGUACCACAGCGUUUUAGACUGUAUCCGCGCCAUCUGGCGCAAGGAGGGCACGGGGGCCUUCUACCGCAGCUACACCACCCAGCUCACCAUGAACGUGCCCUUCCAGGCGCUGCACUUUAUGACCUACGAGUACCUGCAGGAGACGCUCAACCCCCACAGACAGUACAACCCGUCCUCGCACGUGGUUUCGGGGGCCCUGGCGGGGGCCAUCGCAGCGGCCGCGACCACCCCGCUGGACGUGUGCAAGACGCUCCUCAACACGCAGGAGUCCCUGGCGCUGCACUCGCUCAACUCCGGCGGGAACAUCUCCGGCCUGACCCACGCCUUCCGGACGGUCUACAGGCUGGGCGGCCUGCCCGCCUACUUCAAGGGCGUCCAGGCGCGCAUCAUCUACCAGAUGCCCUCGACCGCCAUCAGCUGGUCCAUCUACGAGUUCUUCAAGUACGCCAUCACCACUCGCCAGCACGCCAAGCGCAGGGAGAAAUAGCUCCUCCCCCUGCCCCACACCCCGGCCCCGCCCUGCUGUAGGCGUCCCGGCUGCCGUGGAGAGGCUGCCCUACGGUAACCGAGGCAACCGAGACGCCAUUCAGGAUUGAACACAAUAAUCGACUAAACGCACAAGUCCUCAAAAUCCUUCCUUAUCCCUUGUUCUCAGACAAAUUCGAUAUGAGAGAGCUCCGUACACGAUUAAGCAAAUGGAGAAAGAUAUUUAAUUGCAAUAUUUUUUUACAUUUCGCUUGAGGCAUCAUCAGCCUUUGCACUUUUUUUCUCCAAAGUCAACUGUAAAAGAUUGUAUGUAGGGUUUCCCCUGGCUGCCAACCAGAGGCACUGUGAUUCUCUGGCAGAUCGAAGCUCUCUCAGAGAAAUGUAUAAAUGGAGUGUAAUACGGCAGUUAAGUGUUAGGGAACCGAUCACUUUCUGAGCUUUAGAGUUCCUCGCUGCUGAGAGGUUUCAGGAGAGAGGCAUACAUGUUGUUCUUGCCAUUUACAUUCUAAAUCAGGAAUUAUGUUGCACUUAAGAGGUUAAAUAUGCAGUUGUGAACGGGUUUUUGGUUCCUCUUUUAAAAUUAAAAUUGAAAUUUUUUAUAAAAGAUAUGGGCAUAUCACUUAAUUUAUUGGAUUGUUUGGAAUUCAACUUGUUACACAAUGGCACUACUGAGGACAGUAGGAAAGAGACAUAAAUUGUAUGUGUAUUAUACUUCAUAUCUUCUGUAACACAAGAUUCUGUUAACUUCAUUUGCUGAAUAGCCAAAGUAGGAUAUAGUGUUAUACUGCAACGCUACACGGAAAUGACCUGUAAUCACACCCAGUCAGGCAGGACAGCUCUCUGACAACACUACUGACAGGAGAGCAGUGGAGUCGAAUGACAGCCAUUGCUUGCUUGAGCUUACAUUAGUAUUACAGACACAAUGCCUUGUCUGACCAUAGUGUCAGCUGCACAGAUACUUAAUUUCACAAAGCCAUUUUAUUUUGUUACUUUUUUUUUAAACUUUUUUUUUUUCUUCUCUCACAGUAUGCAAGGUAGAACCGAGCAAGGUCAACAUAACAUAAUGUGAUGAUGUAAAGGUGAAUGUCAUCGAAAAAUCCAGUUUUGAUGGUAAAUUCAUCACUAGUAUAAUGAAAAAUAUGGCCGAUUACAGCAAACCUAAUUUUCUACGUAUCCAUGUGUGCUGCAUUGUGCAUCAUUGGACAGCCAGGUGAAGCAACCACGCCUGUCCUCAACAUAGCAAAGGCAUGUUUGAGAUGUACGAAGUGGCGAGAGAUAUCUGGACUACUACAAUUCGAUUUUUUUUUUUUUUUUCAAAUACACUAACCUCAAAUUUAUGGUGAAGUUACACUUUGUGUGUGAAGUAUUGAAUGAGGAAAGUCAGAGAAUGUUAUUCACUGCAAAUGUUGGGCCAGAUGCAGCUGAUGCAUGGCAGUACUGCUGUCAGACCAGACCAAAUAUGGAUUCUGUGGAUGUUUAUCUGCCAGUGGAGGUAGAACAAAGUUGGGAACCCAGAGGGGCACAAGACCUAAAAACUGGUCAAAGGCCUUGCUGUUUUUAGCUUCAAUUUCGUUUAUGACUUGUGAGCAUCAGGUUAUAAGGUUAGUAUCUUUGGGUGUAGAGGCUACAGUCAUCGUUAAUGUCAUCAGACAUUUGAAAUUUGUGUGGCUUUUCCAUGCCAGGUACUGAACCACAUUAUUGUUGAUUUAUGAAUGGACUUGCUCAUACUGAUUUUUGUCUGACUGCCCUUAAACCCUUGUCAGCUGUCAAUAAAAUGAGCUGUAAUUUUGUGAAAGCUGCUUGCUCAAGCUGG